AUGGCCUCUACGGCGGAAAAAGAUGCAUCAGCAGUAGAAAUAAACAUCGAAGACAGUUCCGCCGAUGUGCCAGAUACUGGACGUGCCACCGCCAGACAGAUGCUGGCCGCCAACGGUCGUAAUAAUCGAAGCCGGGCGAAUAGUCGAUCCCCAUCAAGCAGAGCAAAGCGCGAUACGGAAAAAGCUCGUACCGAUGCAAUUCCAUUGCUGCCCGUCCCGAACGAGUCCAAUCUGCCGCGCCAGGAACCACCGAUCGCUGGACCCGAGCUGGACGAUGACGACUCGCUGGACAAUGGCAUUGAUUUGGACGAUCCCAAAAGCAACCGGGGUAUAGACAGUGGAUUUUUGGACCCGAUCGAUAACGGAUCGGUCGAUACGGGUGGUGUAACACGUCCCGGGCGACGUGGAGGCCGUCGCAAUCAAACGCCAACGCGUCCCACCUAUCGGCCAGGAUUUGCGCCGGGAUUUGCUCCAGAUGGAACGCGUGUUAUUGAAACCACCGACAGUGGACAGAUCAUUCCGGACGUGAAUGUGUACCAGCAGAAGAAAAACCUUGCCCAGGGCAUGAUGGAUUUGGCGCUACUGUCUGCUAAUGCGAACCAGCUCCGUUACGUGCUCGAAUCGUACAAACGUCAUCCGUACUUCUACGUCAAUCUGAUCUUCAUCUCAACCAGCAUUAUCGCACAGGUGGUGGUCGGUAUCGGGCUGAUCUGGAAGAGCCGGUAUAACAUCAAGAAUGAGAAUGAUUUUUGUAAGGCAGAUCGAAUCAACAAUCUCAUCACGAUCGGCAUAUUCAUUAUUACGCUCGUGAACGUGCUCAUAUCGGCGUUUGGUGUUGCAGAACCGCAAGCCGUUGCGUGACGGGUGUAUAUGUAAAAUCUUAUAUCAAAAGUUUUCAU